AUCAUCUCUCUGUUGUCCUCAGAUCAGAUGAGCGCUGCUGAGGGCGUUUGACGCGCGUUUGAGCAUCAUGCGAGGCGUCAUUCAUCUGAUUAACUGUUAAGAAGGCAAUUAUUCAAAUCCUGCAGCAGUUUUUUUCUGGAUUCGGGUUGCGGUAUCUUAGCAACAACACCCGGGAUUCAGCGUAACAACAGCUGCAGUAACAGCCGAACCUCACCCGAAACCGAGCCUGAACCCGAACCACCGAACUCUGGAUCAGAACCCCGGCGGGCGCGCGACACUCCCCAGAGAAGCGUGCGAGACAUUAACGGGAAUAUUCCUGACUGGAGUUACUGGAAACAGCAAACUUAUUUUUAUUUUAUACCUCAAAAUGGUCGCUUGUGAAGAGAAAAAGUUUGCGCUUGAUUAUCCGAAUGCGAAUUUAUUAGUCACAUUUCACGGAUGAAUAAUUGAGUGCCAUCAUGAUCGCCACAGGUGGUCUGCUGCGGAUCUCUGCGAGGAGACAAGACUCCCUCCGUGCCAAAAACCAUGCUGAAAACAAGCGCAAGAGGAAAGCAAAGAAAAAGAGGAAGAACGAAGUGGUCGUGGUGAAGGGAAAGCUGAACUUAUGUUCCAUACCUGGACUGGUCGCUGCCAUUGGCAUUCUUGUGCUGCUGGUUGGCAUCGCCAUGGCUGUGUUGGGCUACUGGCCCAAAGAGAGUUCACUGUACCCAGUACUGCUGAACACACCGAAUGCUCAGAGGUCCUAUGAGAACAGAGAAGCUGAACUAGUAAAUUUGACGGUCAAUAGUAAGUCUCGGCAUGAACUGGAUAAAAACUUCAGGAGCUAUAAUGGCUCCAGUGGGACCGCUGGAUUAAAUCCGCCCCAGUUAGGAGCAUUUGCUGUAUUUAUUAACAGGUACUUGUAUUCAGACAAGCUGAAAGUCCUAGGACCUUUGAUUAUGGGCAUCGGCAUCUUCCUGUUUAUUUGUGCUAAUGCAGUACUUCACGAGAACAGAGACAAAAAGACCAAAAUCAUUAACCUUAGAGACAUCUACUCAACUGUCAUUGACAUUCAUAGUUUGCGGAGCAAAGAGUCUGCCCCGCUAAAUGGGUUUGUGAACUAUACGCAAUCAAAAGAGACCAAAUCUAGCCUGUCACUUAGCGCUGGUACUUUGACCAAGGGCCCUUGGCCAUCUCCGGGCUCGGGUAGACAUGACCCAAGUAGCCUGAUUCCAUCACGAAGACCAUCUACAACCACACCUCGGGUCUCGUCUAUGGACAGAGAAACCUUUACGAACACGGUGUACAGUAUUUAUCAAGAUCAGAACAGUAUCAGUAUGGCAACACCUGAGCUAAAGCAAUGGGAGACUAGAACAAUUGUGUCAACGUCCAUCAAUGCUUUCACGCUUCCAAUGAUGAAACUCAACAAUCGAGGGACGUCUAAAAGAAGGUGGUCGGAUAAAACCGGAGAGGCCAAACAUGAGUAUUUGGACACGGAGGAAAUUUGCAGACGUCUGGAGGAUCUGGUGGCAUAUAGAAGCAUCACGAAAGCCAAGGUGGAGACUGCUCAGACUUAUCCAGAUCUUGUGCAAGACUCGGUGGAGGUUUACAAGAGUAGCGGCAGUUUGCAGGGAGCUCCACGUGUUUCUUUGCAGGGUUCCCAGGUGCAGCUUCUACCGCCAUCUUCGCCGGGCCGCAAUGCGACAGGAUCUCACCUGUCCUUGAGCGCUCUCUCGGACUACUCCAUGUCCAUUGAUCUGGGAAUAUGUCCGUCCACCCCUACAGAGCGGCAGGUGGUGCGAUCGAGACGCCUCAGCUGCCCUCGACUUGAGGUGCUCAGCAGCGGACGCUACACCAAACUCGAAGGUCUGGGGGGCGAGUCCUUCGAGUCCACAGACAAUGCAAUGUUUUGUCGCAAGAGUUUGGUUGAGAUUCUAGAAAAGGAUCAAGCUCAAACUGACCGAGAGAAGAACACCUCUGAUAGUCCAGAGUGUGCCGUGGUCAGGCAAUAUUCAAAGAAAGAAAAACUCAUCAUGGUUUCCCAAUCAGACACGACUUUAGAGGAUGUGGAAAUGGGCAGCGUAGAAAUUUAAAUAGAAUUCUGUGGACCUACAUGGUGGUCGUUCAAGACACUUGGCUGAUGCUGCUGUUAUGAAACUAAGAAUGGUUUCAUUGGGAUUACUUGCAAAGUUGGUCUUUAGAAUGCAAUCAAAAGUUGCAUCGAAAGGAAAUGCCAUAUUAAACACUGUCAGUGUGUUAGACCCAAAGGCUCUUUGGAAAAAUGAGUCUAUAAAACUGGUACCUUACGGAGUUACUGAGCAAAAACCAUGAGGAAAGGAACAGGCUCUGAUUCUAAGCAUGAUAGCACAGCUAUGCUUCACUAGAUUUAUACUUCAGUAGUAGAAUAUUUGUGGCUGUUUCUUUAGUUUAUCGGUGACGUUCGGAUGUCUGAGCAGCAUGUUUUAUACGGUCAUCUACUUGCACUUUUUUAAUAUCCAAAUUACUGAUUCUUUUUAAAAAUGGACUUGAUACAUAGCAAUAUCUGAUUUCAAAUGUUGACUGCUUGUGUGGGAAAUGCUUAUGUUUGCAUUUUGAAUCAGAAAUGUUAACUUGUAUGGUCAAAUCUUCUUUAUUUUUAGCUUUUUCUAGGAUAUGUCUUGUUUAGAAAUGUAAUGUUUUUCCACUUAAGUGAACUCGGAUCCAUGCAUUAGCACAGUGGUUCACAUAGUCCAGCAUUGUCUCAUAUAUAAUCCCAUUACGGUCUAUUUCAAAUAUGAGACGUUUAGGAAUGCUGUAGUCUGUCAGAUGAGUUUGGGGUCAGUUAAUUAAAGAUUAAUCAAUGGUGUUUGAUUUAUGGCCAGAUUGCUAAUAGCUCAAGUAAAGAACUAAUAUGUUCCAUUCAAAAUCAGAUCUAAUUAUUACUUGAUGUCUACGAUCUCCAAACAUUCUGAUGCCUAACGCUCAGAAGAUAACAUAUAAGCGAACAAAAUGGUAAUGCAAAAUUUCGCUUUGCAGAUGUUUGUUUUGCUUAUCAACACAGAAGUUGACCAAUGCUAGCAUCUGUUUUCCAAGUGUAUAAUAAAAGUGCGCUGCAAAAAACAAACAAAAAAACAGUUUUUGUCUUGUUUCACAGUAAAAAUAUCGAAACAUUCUUUAAACAAUAUACAUUUACUUCAGAUGCAAAAUGACAUAAGAGACGUUGUCUUGUGCUCAGAGAUAUCUAAGAACAUUUAGAUCGUUUAUGCUUAAGAAAGAUUGACGCUGACUAUCACACCUGGAGUCGCGAGUUCGAAUCCAGGGCGUGCUGAGUGACUCCAGCCAGGACUCCUAAGCAACCAAAUUGGCCCGGUUGCUAGGGAGGGUAGAGUCACAUGGGGUAACCUCCUCGUGGUGGCUAUAAUGUGGUUCUCGCUCUCAAUGGGGCAUGUAGUAAGUUGUGUGUGGAUCGUGGAGAGUAACAUGAGUCUCCACAUGCUGUGAGUCUCCGCGGUGUCAUGCACAACAAGUCACGUGAUAAGAUGCACGGAUUGACGGUCUCAGAAGCGGAGGCAACUGAGACUUGUCCUCCACCACCCGGAUUGAAGUGAGUAACCGUGCCACCAUGAGGACCUACUAAGUAGUGGGAAUUGGGCAUUCCAAAUUGGGGAUAAAAAAAAAGAAAAAGAUGGUUGCCAAUGGGGUAAGAAAAAAAAACUUGAUUCAAAAGGAAAACAAGUUUAUUUUUCUUACCCCAUAGGCAAAUAGUGUUUUCUUGUUUUAAGCAUAAACCACACCAAAGUUUGUUAGAUUUCUCUGUAAACAAGACUUAAUAUAUUAUGCCAAUCUGCUUCUCAAGUGUUUUUUUCUUAUUUUAAGGAUGUUUCGAUCAUUUUACAGAAAAUAGGACAAAAAUAUUCAGUAAGAAUAUUAUUUUGUUGCAGUGUGAAUGAGUUCGAGUAGAGUCCUGUUGCUCUUUUCCAAAUGGGAAGUUUGAAAUUCCGACGGUCAGAGUUAACUGGAACGCAGCCUGAUCUGUUUGGACAAGCAGCCCUUGAUGUUUUACGAACAAACACUUGUGUGGUAGUUUGUCUUUGUUACAGUGUUGAAAUGUUGUUGUAAACCGUUUUGAAUACUACCCAUUUUGUUUCCAUCUGCCUUUCAAUGGACCAAUCAAAUACUGCUAAUUAACAUAAUGAAUGCUAUUAAAACAGCAGUUAGACUUUCACUGAGCACAUGUGACUGUGUAUAAUAAGCCUCAAGGUUUGUGCUUACGUUACUGGUGUCAAUGUCUACAGAUAUGAUCAACACACUUCAAUCUUUCCCGAAAUAUAAACUCAAACUUUAACAUAACUCUCUAUGACUGUAUUUCAUUAUUCAGGUGCUUCAGAGAAGUAUGUCAGGCAUUAUUCACUCUAGACAUGCUGUGAAAAAUUGCUUAUUAAACUCAAGA